AUGGACGACCAGGCCAAUAAGAGCUUCUUUGAAGGCCUUAAGCCUAAAAAGCCCUCUGAAUUCUUGGCAUUUGUGUUUAUGAUCGCAAUGUUAUGGGCAAUAGCGCUGUUUGAGCUGUUUAUUGUGCUACCGAUCUACCACGAUCCAUUCUCAUCAUGGUAUUGUAUACAUGUGGUCUGUGGAUUCUUUUUGUGGCUGAACGUGUUCGCCAACUUUUUCAUGCUCAUAACCACCGAUACAACAGGAAAGAAGCUAGGAAUGCCUUCGGUUCUCAAGCCAGGGUGGACAUAUUGUCCUUUCUGCCAGCUAAACGCUCCACCGAGAGCCCAUCAUUGUCAGAUCUGCGAUGAGUGCGUCUUGAAGAGAGACCAUCAUUGCGUUUUCGCCGGCAGAUGCGUCGGUUUUAGAAACUAUCGUUAUUACAUGUUUCUUGCACUGUAUCUUUGGAUGGGAGCUGUUUAUGCUAAUGUUUUCCACCAUGAUUAUGUCACAGAUGAAAUCGGCGGCGUUGGCUUUUGGACUUUGCUAACAAUGGUCACCCCUGUUGUUAUCUGGUUGUUGGGCUACACCUCCGUUUACGGAAUUUUCGUUUCCUUUAUGGCUGGCAUUUCAGUCUUUGCGCUGCUACUUUUUACUGCCAUGCUCUUCUUUCAAACUGGUAUCAUUUUUAAAGGACAAACAUCAUACGAGCGUAAAAAGAAGAAGAGAGAGUACGAUCGCGGAUGGAGAAGGAACUUUAUUGAAGUGUUUGGCGAAAGGUGGUAUUUAGCUUGGAUCUGGCCCACAGUAAGCUCACCUUUGCCAGGAGAUGGGACAAACUUUAAGAAGACAUAUCCGGAAGAAAGCAAAGAUAUGUGA